AUGGAAGACCAACAAACGAAGAUUUAUGUACCGGAUACGGGCGUGAGCUGGGUAGAGGCCUCUAUCACUAAGGGCCACGUUGUAAGCGAGACCACUGUCGAGGUGAUGAUCGAAGGCGACUUGACUGAAGAAUGCGCCGAGAAGCAGCCUGAGGCUGGUUUAAUCCGUAAAAUCGACAAAUCUACAAUGUUACUACAAAAUACACUUGUAUCUGAAGACGGAUGUGCUGAUAUGGUGAGCCUUAAUUACCUCCACGAACCAGCCAUUCUAUUCAAUUUGAAGCAUCGUUUCCUGAGACAAAUCCCCUAUACCUACACUGGUGCUAUUUGUAUUGCCGUUAAUCCUUAUUCCUGGCUCAAUAUCUAUACGAAAGAACUUCAAGAACAAUAUCUCGACCGUGAUCGGAAUGAAUUACCACCACAUGUUUACGCCACAAGUGCCGGAGCUUUUCAACAUAUGCGUUUAUUUGAAGAAGAUCAAAGUAUUCUCGUAAGUGGUGAAUCUGGCGCGGGAAAAACUGAAACAACCAAGAUUUUAAUGUCUCACUUGGCAUCAGCUGGUAGUCAAUCCACUUCGGAUGCACAAGUAAAAGAAGCAAGCAUUAUUGAUCGUGUAUUGGAUGCAAAUCCACUGAUGGAAUCUUUUGGUAAUGCCAAGACAUCACGUAACGACAAUUCGAGUCGGUUUGGCAAAUAUUCGGAGCUUCAGUUUGAUACCCUGGGACAGCUCAUUGGGGCACGUUCCCGCACGUAUUUACUUGAAAAGUCACGGGUGUCACUGCAAGGAUUAGGUGAACGUAAUUACCAUAUUUUCUACCAAUUACUAGCUGCUCCUACGGAUGUGACGACGGAAGUUAAGGUUACGAACAUGGAAGCCAAGGAUUUUCCAUUUAUCAAGCCACAUGAGGAAGAUGUAACCAAUGGAAUUGAUGUUAGUGCUGGUAUGAAAGAUGCUGAGCGUUUCCAGCAGACAGUGUCGUGUUUGGAGACCAUGGGUGUGUCACAAGAGGAUCAAAUGAGUAUUUUUAAGAUUGUAGCAGCUAUUUUGCACUUGUCCCGAUUGCAAUUCGAGCCGACACCUGAUAAUGAUGAUGCAUCUCAAUUGACAAGCACACCGGAGAACCAGCAUGCAAUUGAGCUCGUGUCGCAAUUACUGGAACUUGAUGACAAUCAGUUGCAUAUUGCGCUCUGUACGCGUGAGAUGACGGCCGUCAUGGAAACGUACGAGGUGCCACUGAAUGUUUCACAAGCAGAUGGAGCACGUACUGCUCUAGGCGUUGCUCUGUACUCGCACAUGUUUUCGUGGCUGAUUCACCGCGUAAACAUGUCAACAAGUGCUUCGCACGCAGAUGUGGCGCACAAUAUUUGCAUCCUUGAUAUUUUUGGCUUUGAGAUUUUUGAGAAGAACUCGUUUGAACAAUUGUGUAUCAACUACGCCAAUGAAAAACUUCAGCAGAAGUUCACACAGGAUGUGUUUAAGUCAAUCCAGCAGGAAUACGAGGACGAGGGCAUUCCCUGGACUCGUAUUGAGUUUGCUGACAAUGUCAACGUCUUAUCACUGCUUGAAGGUCGUUUUGGUGUGCUGUCGUUGCUGAAUGAAGAGUGUAUGCGCCCAAAGGGUAGCGAUGCUGCGUUUGCUAACAAGCUGAAGGCACACUAUAGCGACAACGAUCGUUUCGAGUGCCCGCGUUUCGCACGCGAUGCUUUCGUCAUCAAGCACUAUGCCGGUCCCGUUCAGUACGACACGAACGGCUUCCUGAUCAAGAAUACGGAUGCACUGCAGAACGACCUUAUUCUUCUUAUUAAGAAGUCGAAGGCACCGUUCCUCAAGAAGCUGUUCCCUGAUGAGCAUGUGGGCGAUGCAAUGACCGGUAUUCCGGGAACAAAUGCGGCAUUACGUGGACGGGGUCCUGGUCUCAAGCGUAAAAACUCGAUUGUGGCCGACACGGUUGGCACUCAGUUUAAGAGCCAGCUGAAUGGUCUUAUGGAGGACAUCCGUCGUACUAAUGUGCACUACAUUCGUUGCAUUAAGCCCAACGGCAAAAAGAGCUCGCAGGUUUUCAACAAACUGCGUGUGACGGAGCAGUUGCAGUGUGCUGGUGUCGUGGAGGCCGUCCGUAUUAGUCGAAUGGCGUACCCCAACCGUGUGCAACAGACGAUGUUCCUCGAACGUUUUCGCGGCGUGGCUUCUACGACGACAAUCGACGGUGAGACCUCUGCGCUUUCCGUGCUCACCGCUACAGCGGACGAGAACCCAACCGAUGGGGCCAAGACGGCUGCCGCCGUUCGCGAGCUGCUUGUGAACCACUUGAUGCCGGGCAAGGAAAACGAGUACCAGGUUGGUAAAACACGAGUGUUCUUCCGACAGGGUGCCCUCGAGGCUCUCGAGGAAUUGCGCACGCGCAGGUUCAACUCCGCCGCUGUCGUAUUGCAGCGAUACGCCCAGAAGUGGAUGGCCAUGGCGAUGUUCCAAAGAGUGAAAGAGGCAGCUGUUGUGGCCCAAAAGGUGUACCGUGGCCACCGUGCUGCAGUUCAGUACAAGAAGCAGCGCAAGGCUGCUGUCAGUGUGCAGAAGUAUGUUCGUCGGCAUCGUGCACAGCAGCUACUGGUGCGCAUGCGCGAGGUGUACCGUGCUACGCAGAUUCAGAAUGUUUGCAAGAUGUUUGUUUCUCGUCGUAAGUACCUGGUGAAGGUGAAGGCGAUUCGCACGAUGCAAAGCGUUGUGCGUAUGUAUUUGGCUACCAAGGCAUUCUCAGUUCUGCAAAAGCAGGCGAAGGAAGACGCAAAAUUGGAGAACCAGAUCCAGUUGCUGAAGAAGCGUCUACAGCAGGAGCGUGAAGCGCGUAUUGAGUUGGAGCAGCAGGCGCAAUAUGGCAGUCGUGCUUCCGUCCACAUGCGUAGCGAGGAAGCCCUUGAGGAUGCUGACCUGGUGAUUGACCAGCUUCGUCGUGAAAAUGCCUCACUUAAGGAGGCCAACACGAACUUAAAAGCAUUUGGAGUGCAGCUUCGCAAGGAGAAGGAAGUGAUGGAGCGUGGUGCUUAUGUGAACGGUGCAUCCUUUGCUGCCGCCAACCAGCGUGCGAUGAAGCUGCAAGACGAAAAUGAGGCGCUGAAGAGCGAGCUAGCGCGUUACAAGACGGGUCACCGCAAUUUGAAGGCCCAGCACGCAGGUGUGAUGGAGAAGAUCACGCUAAUGCAAGGAUCUUUGAGCGAGGCGCUGAAUGAGCGUCAGGCACUGCGUCAUACUGUGGAUCACUUGAAGCAGCACACGGAGCACUUGCAGGGCGAGAACAUGGCGUUGGCUAAGGCCAAUGCACGCCUUCGUCUGAUCCUUCGUCAGGACCCGGAGUUGAGCCGUAAGCACCGCGAAGAGGUUCCUCGCUUGACAAAGCUGGCGUUGUCUUCGAAGCAGUCGCAGCCUAAGGUAUCAAUUAGCAAGACGAUUGCCGUUCCGUCCAAGGCCAUUGAACUCUCGGAGCCUGAUGUGAGCGCGCGCGUGUCAUUGUCAACACCGCAGCCGCCUGCUCCUCCCAUGGAGUCUAGUUUGGCUUCUAGCCAGCCACAGACUACUCCGAUUAAGCGCGCCAACUCACUGUCUACUAAAAAAUUAUUCCAAGAGAGCUCCAAGUCAUCGCGUAAGGUGAACAUUCGUGAAAUCUCGACCGCUGGCCCGGAAGAGGAACCUGCUAUUAUUGUAUCGCCUACGGCUGAGGUGAUUGGCGAGCGUCUUUCGUUUGCGGAGGUAAUUAAGGGCCGGGAUCGUCGUUCGUCGUCGAUGUCCAGCACGGGUUCAUCUUCUGGUACCCCUGCCGCAAAUGCCUGUGUUGGUGCGCCUUCCAAAAGCACGGGCAUUCGCCAGCCUACGGGUGAGGACGGUCCUCUCGAAGCACCAGGCAAGGUUAUGGGAAUUGUCGUAGAGGGUGAACCUGAGGACAGUAGCGAUCGCGUGAGCUUUAGUGUGACACUGGGAGUGGACUUACUGGAGGAUGCAAAGCAGCAGCAACAGCGUGUGUCAAUUACGGGUAUGGCGCCUGCAACGAAACAGGCAAACAUGAACGGCACAGGCAAGUCGAAGGGUCGCUCCCGUCGAAGCUCAUUCGACCGCUCCGAGUCUUCGAACAACGGCGAGAACAGACGCAACUCUUGUCUGCGGCAGUCGAUAACAGGUAACGUCGAAAACGGCCGCACCCGUCGUGGCUCGUAUGACCGCACCGAAAACGGUGGCAGUGAUGCCAUGAGGAAUUCCUCGCUUCGGCAGUCGCUCACGGGUGGCAAUCGCGGCCGUGCUCGCCGUGGGUCAUACGAUCGCAACACUAGUUACAAGAGUCGCCAAACUAGCGAUACAGUGAGCAACUCGAGUACCGGCAGCGGUGGUAAGCGCAUUGAGCUUUAA